CGAAACCGGCGAGAAGAUCACCAAGGCGAAAGAGUGGAACGUGCCGAUCGUCAACUACAAUUGGCUGCUCGAGUGUUAUUUCGGGAAAAUGGCGAACAUCGAUCUUCCUCAAUACCAGCUUGGGGCGCCGGCCCAGGAAGUCAACACCACGCCGUACGCCCUCGAGCAGAUCGACAACCUGCAUCGGCAUAUGCUGCUGGGUUGGCACGCGUUGAUGCCGCAGGAGCACCAGCGCCUCAUGCAGUCUCAAAAACUCCAGCAAGAGCUCCAGGCCGAGAAUGUUUUCCCGAAUUUGAAGUACAGGGAGAUCGAGGCGCCAUCCGAGGAGGACAUCAUCGAGGCCAACGAGAAGCGACGCAAGUCGAAGAGACCGCCGCACCGGUUUGCCCUGUGCGGUUUUGAGCAAGACGUCGCCGAGCGGAUCAGCAAGCAAAUCCGCUUCCUGGGUGCGGAGGUGGUGAAGGACGUCGAGCAGUGCACGCAUCUCGUCGUCCUCAACGGCAAGCGGAGCGUCCCGUUGCUUAAGGCGAUAGCCAUCGGCGCCUUUGUCGUGCGCCCCGAGUACAUUCUGACCUCCUACGAGUCGGGCAAGUGGCAGGACGCGAUCGCGUUCUUGAUGAAGGACGACGACUCGGAGAGGAUGCACGGCUACAACCUGAAGGCGUCCAUCAUCAGGGCACGGAAUGCGCGGGUGCUACAGGGCAUUCGCAUCUACAUCACCCCAUCCGUCGACCCGUCUCGCGCAACGCUUCAACGUCUCGUCGAGUUAUCCGGCGGAGAGGUGGACGCAGAGCGACCGACUGCCCGCCAAGUGGGCGAACACCUCGAACGUGACGGCUCGUACCUGAUCAUCGGCGCCGAGGCCGACGUCAAGCUGGUCGAGUACCUCGUCGAGGCCCAUAUUCCCAUCUACUCGCCCGAGUUCAUCUUCCAAGCCAUUCUGCGCCAAGAGAUCGAUGCCAGCUCGGCGUUGCGGAUCGUCUACCCCCGCCCAGCCCCACCACAACCCCCUCAACCCGCUCAGCCCACCCCCCAACCGCCAACCUCCGCCCAAAAGGCCCAGCAGGGUCACCAGCCACAAGUCGUUGUCGGUCGGCCCGGGGCCCAGCCCGCAGCUCGACUUACCCCCGGGCCGGCACCGGUCAGGGCC